AUGUCUGAUACCCCCAUUCUGUCAAUCGAAGUAGUUAAGAAAUGGAAACGAGCUAAUGUUGUUGAUUUUUUGAAAGAGAAAAAAGAAGAGUUAGAACUUGAAAAUGAGGAUAUCCAGAUAAUUGAUAACAAUAGGGUUAACGGUUGUGCCUUCCUUGAGUUAAAUGUAGAUAAGCUUAUGCAGGAUGGAUUAAAAAGAGGACCAGCUGAAAACAUCACGCAACUGAUUAAGGAUAUUAAGGGGGGGAAGAGCAGGGUAAGUCAUGAACAAGAACGCGAAAUUGGUAAGCUGGAAAGUAUUUCAAAGGAUACGUUACUGAAACUUUGUAUCUCUAAUGAUCUGUUUCUACUAUAG